AUGUGGAGGCUGAGGGGCGACAGUCUCCUGUUGGCCACCCUCGAGGUCCUCAAUGGCACCCACUUCCCCAGGUUCACGCACACCCAAGAGUCCCUGCGCACAGCCUGCAGCUUCCAGUUCUGGGACACGGACGUCCUGCUGGUGACAUUCCCCAAGUAAGGGACCACGUGGAUGCAGCGGGCGCUAAGCCUCGUCUUCUGCAAGGGCCAUCUCUGGCCCGCCCAUCACAUCCCCAGCUGGGAGCGUGUGCUGGAGCAGAGCAGCCUGGUCCCUGGCCAGCCUCACCCGUUCACCUCCCACCUGGACGCAGAGCCCUAGGGCCUGUCUGGGGCUCCCCUCAAGGUGGGGUACAUGGCAUGGAACCCCAAGGAGGUGCUCGACUCCUACCACUUCCACAAAUUGGCCAACUUCCUACCAGACCCCAGCUCCUUCGAGGACUUUGUGGAUGAGUUUCUUGAGGGCACAGGUUUCUUCGGCUCCUGGUUUGAGCUCGUGAGGGGCUGGCUGGGUCUGAAGCCGGACCUGAACACGCUCUUCAUCACCCACAAGGAGCCGCAGCAGGCGCCCCAGGCCACCCUGCAGAAGCUCAGUGACUUCCUGGGAUGUCUGAUGGGGCCUGAGGAGAAGGACUCCAUCCUGCAGCACUGCAGCUUCCGCUUCGUGAGCCAGAGCUGCAUGGUCACCUAUAGCCUGGUGCCUGAGCAGGUCAUGGACCCCAGCCAGGGCCGCUUCCUUCAGGAAGGUGUCAGAGGGGACUGGAAGGAGCACAUCUCUCCAGAGCAGAGCGAGAAGUUCAACGCUGUCUACCGGGCCAAGAGGGGCAACGUGGGCGUCCACCUCCCUUGGGCCCGGGACCGACCCAGCCACUCACUGCUUGUCCUGCCCGGAUCCCGAGCACCUUGGCUGUGCCAACCCCACUGGCAGUGAUGUGGCAGUAGAAGAACUUGGUGGGGGGUGGGGCUUGGCCAUCAUUUGUUCCUCCUUCGCCCGGUGUACCCCAGUGGACUGGUACAGUCGCUUCAGUGCCUUCCCUGGCUGUCCCUCCCCACGCCCCACUCCAACAUGAGCCAGCCAGGCAGGCAGCCUUGCACUCCCCUCCACAUCCCCGCUUCAGAUGAUGCUGUUGUCUUUUAGAGAACGAAGAGGGGAGCUGGGAGACAAAAUCAGGAUCUGGGCCCCAGUUUUUAUUUAUUAUUAUUUUUUUAAUGU